AUGAAUGAUCUGGAAUAUCAGAGGCUUCUACUGAAUAGUUAUGAAUAUUAUAAGUGGGAUAAUUACACAAGCAGAGAAUUCAUCGAGUUCGUUAAUGUGACCGGCAAUGGAACCACGGUAGGCGACGAGAAAGUGGUUAAUAAUUGGUGGGCCCUGGUUGCUUUAGCACUGGUUGUCUGUACCGCUGCUGGUAAUGUGCUAGUGUGUCUCGCGAUAUACCUGGAAAGGAGGUUGCAGAAUGUCACGAAUUACUUUCUGAUGUCGUUAGCAAUAACUGACCUCUUGGUUGCGGUACUGGUGAUGCCGUUAGGGAUACUAACGCUGGUGAGAGGCUACUUUCCUCUGCCAGCUGUGUAUUGCCUCACCUGGAUCUGCCUUGAUGUCCUACUCUGCACGGCGUCGAUAAUGCAUCUGUGCACUAUAAGUGUUGACAGGUACCUGUCGCUACGCUAUCCCAUGAGGUUCGGAAGAAACAAAACGAGGAAGAGAGUUACAAUCAAAAUUGUUUUUGUUUGGAUACUCUCAACCGCGAUGAGUCUGCCUUUAAGCCUCAUGUACUCAAAGAAUGAAGAAUCAGUUCUGAUUGGUGGAUCCUGCCAGAUACCAGAUCCGCUCUACAAGGCGAUUGGUUCCGUUAUCUCGUUCUACAUUCCUCUCGGCGUGAUGCUUCUUACAUAUGCUUUGACGGUGCAACUUUUGGCGCGGCAGAGGAAAGGCCUUGGACAGGGAUGGGCAGCUGGCUGGCUUGGUGCGAUACCUAUCGAACGACGUUGUACAUGGAGGAGGUUUCUCAGUCCGAGAGGGGGCACGCCGCAACAUUCGGCGGCCUCGACGGAAACUGAACUGCCGCCGAUCGACACGAGGGAUCUUUGGUUGCAAGAUUCUAGCGAGCCCGCUCCGUCAGCAAUGAGCGCACUGCAUCAUUUUGGAGCAGAGAUGUUGAGACUAUCGCGCGGCUUGGAAGCUUCUGCUGCAUCUAAGCCAACAUACAGAGGGACUAAUAUAUCAGAACGAGGUGGUGUGCUCACUCCAGGCUCACUGAGUGUCUCAUCCAGUUCUCCUUCAUCCAUGCUCCAGGAUAAACGUAGACUCUCGUCUACUUGUGAUCAAAAUCCACCAAUAAACAGACCUCGGAGUGCAUCAGACGAUGAAAGUAAUGAUGGUCUUCUAGCGCCUGUCACGUUAACCACAAAAUCUCGAAGCUCAGAAGAUGGUCUGUUAUUACCACCUCCCUGUACCUGCCCUUACUUUGGAUCUGAUUCAACUCCACCAAGACGCACUACAGAAGUAAUAAUCGUACCUGGAGGUGAUAUCAAUGGCUGUAAUGGAUAUCCUCGUAAUGGGAAUAUGAAAAAUGAUGAGCCUUCAACACCUUUCUUCCGAAGGUCUAGUCGAGGUGCUUCCUCCAUGGUCACUUGGGACGAAGCAAGAAGAUUUAGAAGGGGAUCCAGUUUCGGUGGGGCACGAACAACAUUGUCGACACCUGUAAGAACUAUACGCAGUUCGAGGUCCAUAAACAACCGCCAGCAACAACAGCAGAUUAACUCAACACCUCAGCGUCAGCUACCACGCACACAUCAUUCAAGAAAUUCCAGCGUGAUUUCUCGUAAUUCUUCUCGUCAUGGAAGAAUAUUGCGCUUAGAACAGAAAGCGACUAAAGUCCUCGGUGUCGUAUUUUUCACAUUCGUCGUUCUCUGGGCACCAUUUUUCAUCUUGAAUAUGGUACCGGCGGUAUGCCCGGAAUGUGAGAGAAGAAUAUCCAGCUGGGUCUUCGAUUUUGUGCUGUGGUUAGGAUACGCGAGUUCAAUGGUGAAUCCAAUAUUUUAUACGAUAUUUAACAAAGUGUUCAGGCAAGCCUUUAAAAAGGUUCUGUCCUGUCAGUACUGUAAAUCGAGGAGAUAGCCAGCACCCUGGGAGCGCGUUCGCCCUUCCUCUGACCCUGGGCUGGGUGCGCUCUCAGUGAACAGGAACAUUCGAACUCAAUUCGUUUGAAAUCGUUAAAGAGCUUUAAAAAU